AUGGCCACCAGUGCCGUCAAUGCUGGGUUUCUUUCAGGGUUAAACCAGCACAUCUUCAGUAAUAACCACAAAAAGUUAACUGUGGAAUUAACCAACCCCGAAUAUGCCAAGGUCCCGGAAUUGGCCGAGGCCUGGGCGUUUAUCUCUGAAACUUUGUCUCCCAAGCAGAUACAAAGAAAGGUUGACCAGUACACAAAACCUGUUAGCAAAUUCAACAACAAGUUCAGGGGCCUCAAAGGUGUCAGAGAAGGAUUCCAGACGUUGUCCCAUGACAAGUUUGAAGGCUACUCCAUUGAUAUCAAGCAGAACCACCCUGAAGCACUAGGUCUUGAUACCGUUAACCAGUACACUGGAUACUUGAACGUAGAAAAGUUGGGUAAACACUUUUUCUUUUGGUUCUUUGAAAGCAGAAACGACCCUGCUAACGACCCGAUCAUUUUGUGGAUCAAUGGAGGACCUGGAUGUUCCAGUACCACUGGGUUGUUUUUUGAGUUAGGCCCUUCUUCAAUCAACUCCACCAUUCAGCCCGUGUACAACCCUUACUCGUGGAAUGCCAACGCAUCGGUGAUUUUCUUGGACCAGCCUGUGGGUGUGGGCUAUUCGUACACCGAAGGUGAUCAGGUCAAAAAUACUGCCACUGCUGCCAAAGAUUUUUACGUUUUUGUCGAAUUAUUCUUCCAGAAAUUCCCUGAGUUCAGAGGAAACAAGUUCCACAUUGCUGGGGAGUCCUACGGAGGCCACUACAUUCCCAGCUUUGCUGCUGAGAUCAUUAACAACGCUGAUAGAACCUUUGAAUUGUCGUCGGUGUUGAUUGGAAACGGUAUCACCGAUCCUCUUAUCCAGUACAAGGCGUACCGUCCUAUGGGAUGUGGAGAAGGAGGAUACAAGCUGGUAUUGGAUGAAGAAACCUGUGAGCAAAUGGAUAGUGACUACCCCAAGUGUGCUGUAUUGACUGAGUUGUGCUACAAGUUCCAAAACCCUCUUACUUGUGUUCCUGCCACUGUUUUCUGUGAGAAAAAGUUGUUUGGACCUUAUGACGAAACCGGCUUAAACCCCUACGACAUCAGAAGACCUUGUGAUGAACCCGGUGGAGAAUGUUACAGCGGCAUGAAUUACAUUGAUGAGUUCUUGAACAGUGAAUACGUGAAGGCUACCGUCGGAGCUGAGGUGGAUAUUUUCACUUCUUGUGACGAUACCGUGUUCCAAAACUUCAUUUUGGAUGGAGAUGAAAUGAAGCCAUUCCAACAGUAUGUGGCAGAAUUGUUGGAAAAGGACGUUCCUGUAUUGUUGUAUGCUGGUGAUAAAGACUAUAUCUGUAACUGGUUGGGUAACCACGACUGGUCCGAUGCUUUGGAGUACUCUGGACAUCAAGCGUUUGAACUGGCACCUUUAAGAACUUGGGUUACUAACAACAACAAAUUCGCUGGACAGGUCAAGAAUUACAAGAAGUUUACGUUUUUGAGGGUCUACGACGCAGGACAUAUGGUUCCGUACGAUCAGCCUGAAAAUUCUUUGGACAUGGUCAACACAUGGAUUCUGGGUGACUAUUCUUUUGGCUAUUAG